AUGCCACACCCAGUAACUGGGUUGUCACUAACUUCGUUGUUUGUGAAAAACGACUACAGCUUAGACAGUAUUUCGGAGUUGGGCGACUUGCUACAAACUGGAAUGCAAGCAAUAAUGGUGGAUCUAUAUUGGAAUGAGUUCACAUCGGUGUGGCAAUUAUGUCCAGCACCAUUUCCCCAAAAUGUAACUUAUAACUCCAACGACAAAGUAAAUGUUACUUGGAAUAAUGUUAUGUAUACUUGUGAAUACGGUUUCACAACCGAUAAUAUCAUGUCUAUAAUCCAGUCAUACUUGGAGUCUUCAAACACAAACUUUGAAGCUAAUUUUCUCCACUUGUUGUUUAAUUUAAAGUCCAUUCAUUAUGAAAAGUCAAAUUUGACAAUGUCGCUUGAGAAUAUAUACAAGCCCAAUUCACUAUCGAAUAUAAUGGGUAACUCGACCCUAAAUGCUACGGUAACACCAAUUGCAUCCUACAUUUUUAGCCCAAAUGUGCUUAAUGACUACCGACUGAAAGUUUCUUUAUCUUCAAGUUCAUAUGAAUCAUACUACAACAGGUCAGACAUAAUUAUGCCCACGUUGGAGACUGUUCUACUAUCGCAAUAUAAACGAAUACUUGUUAAUGUCUUGUCAAAUGAUGUCGUGUCAUCCCCACGAGAGUACUCCAUUAGUGAUGCCGAUCGAAAUCUUAUAUUUUUCAACACCACCUUGCCAACAUCAGUGAAAUCUGCAACAGAAGCUGGUCCAUACUGCAAGGAGGUUCUUACACCAAGCAAUAAAUCGGAAAAGUACGACAAUUUGUCUUUGACUACAAAUUUUGACUACGUUAUUGAUAGCAACAGUAACCGAUUUGACCGUAAUAGUGUUCAGGACUUUUUGAGGUGUGGACUUUUGCCUAUUUUCAAUGCUACUUCUUAUCCAGUUGAUAACAAAAACGUUCUGGACGUUGGAGACAUCUUUUCAUCAUUUGCUCCAUAUCUAUUUUGGUCGUGGCGUGCGGGCCAACCAUCCGUAUCCAACGGCUCAUCCACCAACAAUCUGUCAAGAGACCGUGACGAAAACAUCAAAGCAUCAUACCGAUGUGUAGUUAUAACUAGUAACGGAUGGAAAAUAGAUGAUUGCUAUCAAGAGUAUCAAAUUGCAUGUCGAAAUAAGAGUGCACCCAAUGACUGGUACAUACCAUACAGUAACACAAAGACAUACUUUGAUGUUGAUAGAAACGAUUGCCCUAAUGGGUACAACUUUAGUUUGCCGAGACUGAGUACGGAAAUGCUCUCAUUGAUGAGUGCUAUCAAAGAACAAGAUGCGCAAUACCCAAUUUGGAUUGAUCUUAAUGACAUAACGAUAUCCAAUUGCUUCGUUUCAGGCGGUCCAUAUGCCCAGUGUCCUUAUCAAAAGACUGUUACCACAACAAGGUUUGUUCGUAUGAUUGCACCGGCGUCAGUUAUCUGUAUAAUAGUUUUUGGUUUGGUCAUUCUUGAAAAGUUGCUACGGAAAAACCACAUCCAGUCAAAUCGUAAACGAUACUGGAAAAAGACGCUUGCUGAGUACUAUCUGAAAAAUGAUUACGAGGGAGUACCUUCUUAA